UUGUCCCUGGACCCUGUUCCUUCUCUGGUCUGGGAGGGAGUGCGGACCAGUUGUGGAUGAAGCGGGCACUUCAAGGCUCCAUUUUCGAGCCAUUGGAGGUCAUGGGGGCGCAGGCGUGGCCUUAGGGAGCAAGGCUCUUAGUGGGGGUCACGGUGCCCCCGCCGUUGCCGCCGCUGCCCGGGCCGUGAGUACCCGCACCGGGAAAGUCGGGUGUCCCUGCGGUGGCGAACCCGAGCUCGGGCCUGGAAUUACUCAAGGUGAUGAGGACGAUUGAUGACAGAAUAGUACAUGAAUUAAACACUACGGUUCCAACAGCUUCCUUUGCAGGGAAAAUUGAUGCCAGCCAAACCUGUAAACAACUUUAUGAGUCUUUGAUGGAGGCUCAUGCCAGUAGGGACAGAGUCAUAAAAAAUUGUAUAGCUCAGACCUCAUCAGUAGUAAAACACCUCCGAGAAGAGAGAGAAAAGAAUUUGGAUGAUUUAACGUUAUUAAAGCAACUUAGAAAAGAACAGACAAAGUUGAAAUGGAUGCAGUCAGAACUGAAUGUUGAAGAAGUGGUAAAUGACAGGAGCUGGAAGGUGUUUAAUGAACGCUGCCGAAUUCACUUCAAGCCUCCAAAGAAUGAAUAAAAAGAUUAAUUUUUUUUAAAAGGACUGGGACAUCUCGUAAGAGCUAAGCAUGACAGAUAUCAACAAGGCGGGCUUCCUAGGAUGAUUUCUGAGCCAACAGUCCAAGACCUUUUGUUGAUUUCAGCCCAACUUAGCCAAGACCUCAAAUAUAAAUAAUUCUGAUAAUUAUGGAGAAAUCAACUGCUGUUUUAUACUGAUUCUAUAAAAAAAAAAUGUUUUAUAACUAUUAAAAUAAUUUUCUGA